AUGACACUGGUGAUUUUUGAAUUCUACCUGACCUCUUACGUGAGCGAACGCGACGAUAUCACUCAAGAACUUCCGCCUACAGCCGAAUUCUCGGGCCUUACUUUGCAUGAUGACCCAGCCUCACCUAUUUCUGCCAAUGAGGCUCAGCCUGGACCGGGCUGCGGACCAGAUGGCGAGCCUGACCCCGAGUCCGGGGCUGAACCAAUACUCUUCUCGUCAUCUCCACGCGAUCUUACUGCUUAUGUAGAAGAUGGAGACGACAGUGACAUAUCCGAGAACUUCAGGCUCGCCAACGACGCCGUGCCAGACCUAUCGAUCCUAGCGCGACCGUCAUCGACCGGCUCUACUCAGCAUAACAGUCAAUCACCUCAGCACAGAAACUGUUCUUCCUCGUCAACGCCAAGCCCCCCAGCCUCAUUACCUUCGCCUUUGUCCAGUCCAUCUUCAAUACCGUCAGUGGGUAGAGACGAAUCCAUCCUCAGCGGCUAUCUUCAAGCGAUUAGUAGACAGUGA